UGAAGCAGAAACCGAACGCUCUUUUUUCCCCCCCUCCUUCCUCCCCACCCCUUUCAAUCGGAGGAAAGAAACCUCGAGGUCUGCAAAGGUAUCGGCAGUUUCCCGGCAGCAUUGGCAUAAGGGGCGGUGGCCUGGGGGACGUCUUGGUCUCUGGAGGGCCUGGAAUCUCCAAAGAGGCCAGCGAGGGCUAGGAGGCGGCUAGAGAGAGACAGAAAGAACAAUUUACAGAGAAAUGCUCGUUUACCUCCCCGCGGAGACAUUUCUGAAAUUAAAGGGCUGUGAGUGGAGGCACCCAAAUCGAGGGACACCCCCAGGAAGCCUGCCCGACAAUGCCCAGGUCUCUCGCCACUCCCACAGGACGGAGCCUCGCUCUGCAGGGAGACAGUUUUGUGGUUUUUAAUGCGGUAGGUCACAGUGUGUUGCUUUCUGUGCAAUAUUGAUUCUACCACAGUACUUGUGUUUUAUUGGUGUGUGUGGGGGGUGGGUUUCCGUGGAGGAGAAAAUUGCCAUGUGUGUGUCUGAUGGUCGAACAUUUCGAACUUUCCUGGAUCCAAACCUGAUGAUUGUGAAGAAGCUGUUUAGUGUGUUGUUGUUGUUGUUUUAGGCUUGUAAACAAAUACAAAAAAAAGAGAGAGAGAAGAAAAUGAAAAGAAAACCCAAUCAGGGGACCUAAUGGUGUCAGGACUAGCAAGCUGCCUGGCGCUGAGCUUGGAAAACUAGCCCUGUACACUCUCCGGCGCCUGAUUUCGUUCCCCAGGCGGGCCUCCUUGGGGUGGGGGUGGGGCGGGGAACGUCUGGGCCAGAGACGCAGAUUCCUAAAGUAGCUGGUGGGCUGGAAGAAGGCGCAGCCUCUAGGUGGGGACUUAAAAAUAGAGUGAGAGGGCUUCUGAGGAAGCUGCAAACCAUGAGAUCAGCGACUUCGGGCGCGGAGGGUAGGAGAGACUGAUUUAGUUCGGUUCGCACAACUAGGUGAUUGCUUUUCUCUUCUUAAAAAGACCAGACCCGGAGCGUUUAGCCUCAGGCCUCUGGUUGCCCAGGGACUGCAGGGUCUGGGGGCCGUGUAAGGGGAUAUUGGCCCUCUCAAUUCUGAGCUGGGAAGAGAAGGACUCGGCCACUUGUGGCGCGGGAGGGGGCCCGUAGAGGCCCAAGUAGGCGCCCUCCCAGCAGGCCGGGACCGGGUGCCUGGAGGGACCCCUCGCUGCGCGUAGCCAGAGAAGUUCUCGGUCAGCACCCAGGGCAGUUGGAGCUCAAUCUCAAAGGGAAAAUUCCCCAAACCCACCCAGACUAAAGGUCUUUUUCUCCUGUAGCCUCGGCAGGGUAUAAAUCAUCCCUUAGACAGUUUGCUGUGACCCAAAUUAUGCGGUUUGCUGCCAUCUACCGUCCGUUUGGAGUCAUGCGGUUUCGGCGCCGCGAGCCAGGCGACGCCGCCUGGAUGGUGCCCGACGCCUGGAGCCCGGGGACGCUCCGGUUUGGCGGGAUGCGUGGGACUUCGGGCCCAGAGGGUCGCUUUCCGCUGAACCUCGGCCCCCGCGCGCCCGUGCGUGGAUUAGAGAACAAGUGUCCCCUCCUGCUCGCCCGCUCCGUCCUGGCUCCCAAGCGGGCGGCCGGCUGGGACGGCGGCUUUUCCCGGGGCGGGUUCGGAGCGGACUAGUGACUGCAUCCCGCGGGCAGGGGGCCCCGGACGGGCGAGCCCGGGCCCCGCACCGCGAGCGCGAGAGGGGACCGCCCGGGCCGCUCGGGAGAUCCGAGGCCGGGGCGGUUUGAGGUUUAUUUGGUUUUCUUUUCGGCCAAGGGAGGGGCGGGUCGCGGAGGCGCCGGCCGGCCCGGCCGUUCAGCCCGGUUGUCAAAAGACAACCGAAUCGGUGAUCUCCCGGUUCGCCGGCGGUCCCGCCGGGGCCUCGGCGGGAGGGCCCGUGGCGACGGCACCGGGCCGAUUUCCUGGAAGCUGUCGGUGUCUGAGGGUGGCCGUGGGCUCUCCCUUGUUCUCGAUCGUUUCGGGCGAAAUGGACACGUUUGCUUCGGGGGAAAAACCGGGAGUGGGAGCGAAGGGCGCUCACCGAGGAGUCGAACCGCUGCGGUUUCCGUCCCGGCCGCACCCCUCGCACCCGCGCCGCCGGGCCGCCUUCCCAGGGGGGGUGGCGAGGGCGGGGGUCCGCGCCUCCGCCGCCGCCGCGUUUGAAUAUUGGCCCCGGUCUCACGGGUUACUGAUUAGCUCGGGCUUUCAAGCCGCUGGAGGAAGCUCUGGCCAUUCCUUUCAAGGUGCCGUGGCCCCGGCUCCUGGGCGGGGGCUCCAGGAAAUUGCCUACGGUGCCAGGCAGGCCGAGGUGUUACUGGGGUCUGGCCUGGAGCUGGAAGGGCUGCGGAGGUCGUGCGGCCCCGCGGAGCUGAGGGCAAACACCAGGGCCUCCGCCCCCCCCCCCCCCCCCCCCGACCCGCGCGCCUUUGGCGCCUCAGGACUCUGAGCCCGGGCCGCAGGGACAAGCCUUUCAGCUGCUCCGCAGCGAGAGUGACUUUCCUGCGGUUAGAAGGCCGGGCCUGCGCCGAAGGCCCCGAGGGAGCGCGUCCCGAAAGUAUUGGGCCCCUCGAGGGUUUUUCUUGCGGGCAAUCCAAAGGACAGGCAGGGAGGAGAAGGCGGUUAGUACCGAGGGUUAAAACACUUCAGGGCUCUUAGGGUGCUGGCGGCCCUGGGGGGAGGGAACUGGGGCAGCCAGCUGAGUGCCCAGGCCUUCCCCACCUCCAGGUCCGAGACCACCGAGCUCGGGACCGGCCCAUUUUAAGGCCCUGUCCCGUGUAAGCAGCUCCCAAAGAUUCGGGGCCACCACAUGACUCCCUCUGGGAACAUUUAUGUUUCCCAAACCUAGAGAAUCAGAACUGGGUAGAGACAUCUUCAUUUGCCACACCCCAGCCAGAGUGGGAAGUGGGGCGGGGGAAGGCACCCACAAUCCAAAGGGCUGGGGUGGGUGGGGGGAGCUUCGUAGCGGAGAGGAAAGAGGAAGCCUGGACAAUGUCUCAGCCUCCCCUCCCCUCUGCACGCACACAGGCGCACAGCUCUCCCGGAGGUGGGUGGCGGAGGAAAAUUCCCCUCCUACCUGAGCACAACUGAGACAUUUCCCCAGGAGCUGGAACGUGUGUCCGUCCACGGGGCUGCAGAUUCCCAGCACAGAAAACUACAAUUACAAAUCCUGCCUGUUGGGUUUCUGUACAAUCCUUGUGUUGUGCACUCAAGACUCGGUCCACGUUGCUAUCCACCUCUCCAUACACGUGCUUCCGCGUGGAGGCAGGGAGGGGCACCCUAGAGGGGAGACGGCUGUGCCUGCUGUGUAUUUACAUAUUCCCCCUUGGAGACAGACAGACAGACGCGGCAGUGGACGGAACCACAGACAGAUUCGUAGAGAUCUGGCUCCAGAAACCAGGCGGCCUCUGGCCCAGCUCUGCCUGCCUGCUCUUUCUCCCAAACAAACGGAUCAGAGGAAUAAACGCUCAUAAAUACCUCUGGGCUUAGAUAAGAGCGAUGAGGCGCUAUUUCCUUUCAUGCUGGACUACAGGCGCCCAGGCCCUGCCUUUGCGGCUCCAUCUCGAGACCACAGGCAACCUGCAGAGGUGAGGUUAAUUUGGGGCUGUGACUCGAAGGAUAAGGUGAUUAUUUGCCUGCUUCUAUCACAGGGGAAUCUUACUUUGUGCAGACUCCACAGGGGAGCCCACACAGUCCCCGGAUGGAGGCACUGAGGCCGGGGAGGGGCAGGGAGGUCUGAAGCCCAAGGCCCAGCCUCAGUGGCAGGGAGCGGGGAGGCACACACAGGCGCUGCCCCACCCUGCUCACCUUGCCCAAACACUCCUCACGCUCCUGUGGGAAUGGGCCCAAUCACAGCUAGAUUUGGAGCACUUAUGAUUCCCCAUGAUUAGGAGGCUUGAGUUCACUUUUCUUAAAUCUUGAUGAAACAACUAUAGGGUCUGGCUAGGAAGGGAUCUCCCCUUGGCCAGGAAGGUGCAGCCCAGACAUUACCCUGAGUUCAGGAAGCCUUGUAGGCCACUGUGCAACCAACCAAGUUCCCAGCCUUAGUCACCAGCCCCAGCCCCUACCACUUUCCCGUGCGUCUUUUACCAUCUGUAGUGGACAGAGCUGGCCCACAAAAAGCAGCCCAAUGGGCAAGGCAGAGAGGAGGCUCAGCCUGUCCCCUUCAUCAAAUUUACCCCCACACCCAGGCCCAUUCCCAGCUCAGGUCUCAGGGUUGUCACUCUUUGCCCUCUGGCCUCCACACGCCCAAAGAAUGUCGGGAACACAUCGCGGCUUAGUCUUCCAACCUGGCUUCAGCGUUCAUUUUCUUUAGAUGAGAGAGCCGGAGACGCACACUGUCUCACACUCAAGCUUGUGAGGCAGCAAAGCUGGUGAUACAAGAAAGGGGUGGGGGUGGGAGGGGACUGUCCAGAUGCUGAGAGACACAGAGUGGUGAGCAUCUGGAGAGGAGAUUCGGGCUGAUCAUUGUGAGCUGCCUGCUGAGUCCCCAGGAGGACCCCAACACCCCUCCCUCAUAAAACUAAACCCAAAUCGAGUCUCAGGAAAUAAUGAAUUAAAAAAAAAAAAACCACGCCAGCUUCUGGAGAGACUUAGAAAAGGUGUGAAGUCCCUUCUCUUCCUGCUGUUUCUGAUCACCUCACGUUUCAGGACCCCAAAUUGAAGGAAGGCCAAUUUCUUUCCUGUACCCACUUACUGAGACAACCUUAAUUCCUAAGAAUCUGUAGCUCAGGAUAUUCUUCUGUCCUUGUGGGUAGGAAGUGAGGGUGAAGGUUUCAGGCAGGACAGGGACCAGACACACCUAGGCCAGGGGAAUACCCCUCACGCCUUCUGUCCUUGUCCCCAAGUGAGGAGAGGGGUGGUCCCUUUUCCUAGUGCCCCUCCCCGUGCCCAGAGCAAGCGGUGCGCACUAGAACCAGGUCACGAGAACCAGGUGAGAGGUCUCGGGCAGCAGCAUCCAUGGCCACCCAGCAGCUCCCAGCCUAGCUGCAGAGCCGGAGGAAGAAGCGUGGGCUCAGGCACUCCUCCUCCCAGCCUCCCAUGUCCUCUGGGCAGCAGGCUGUGGCCUUAGUCUCAGGCCACGAGAGUCGUGGAGAAGCAGGAAUAAUAAUCCGGGACUUGGAGGUGGCUGAGGAGACCUAAGAAAUGGGGGGAAAUGGUUUUCCAAACCUGGGAAGGAAGCAGUUUCUCCUUCGCCUCUCUCCUUCCUCCGAAAAUAGUGCUAGUUAGCAGAGAACUCGUCUCCGCUUCAGCCAACACAAAACCCUAGAAAUAAUCCUUCUCCUUUGGUUCUCCCCUAAGAUUCAAGAGAUUCAGGGAUGGUUGCCCACCCUUCCUUUCAGGGAAUGGGGCUCAAGCAACGCAGGGGUUAACUUUUCUGAAAACACAAUUAACUUUUUCCUAUCCUGCGUGGAAAAGGAGGGAUAUAUUUAUUUAAUCACUGGGGGGAUGGGGUGGUGUCGAUUCAAAGCUCCCUCCUCCCUCCAAGGCACAGACGCCUUUUUCGCAGAUCCUACGUAGGUGGAACAGGACGGGUCGUGUUGUUGGUUGGGGGGGGGGAGGAAGAGAAAGGAGAAGAAGGAGGGGGAAAAAAGGUUGAUAGGUUUGUGCGCGGGUCCCUCGUGCGGGCUGCGCUCCUCCUGGGUGCUAUUUGACAAUUCCUGCCUCUGCCAUUGGUCAGUGUUGGAUCAGAUGGUUGUAUUUCCUUCUGGCCCUCACUGGCACCUCGCCAUCCCCCCUCAGCUAAAACCCAAUCUCAGAUAUACUACUAAUAGGCGCGGCGCUCGGACUAUAAAACACAACAAAUCAUAAACCCGGCGGAGCAGCAGCGGCCGUGCGCGCCUCCCUCCCAAUGAGUUCCUAUUUCGUGAACUCCACCUUCCCCGUCACUCUGGCCAGCGGGCAGGAGUCCUUCCUGGGCCAGCUACCGCUCUACUCCUCCGGCUAUGCGGACCCGCUGAGACACUACCCCGCGCCCUAUGGGCCCGGGCCCGGACAGGACAAGGGCUUUGCCGCCUCCUCCUAUUACCCGCCAGCGGGCGGCGGCUACGGCCGAGCGGCGCCCUGCGACUACGGCCCGGCACCGGCCUUCUACCGCGAGAAGGAGUCGGCCUGCGCGCUCUCGGGCGCCGACGAGCCGCCCCCCUUCCACCCCGAGCCACGGAAGUCCGACUGUGCGCAGGAAAAGAGCGUGUUUGGCGAGCCGGAGGAGCAGAAGUGCUCCACGCCCGUCUACCCGUGGAUGCAGCGGAUGAAUUCAUGCAACAGUUCCUCCUUUGGGCCCAGCGGCCGACGCGGCCGCCAGACCUACACGCGGUACCAGACCCUGGAGCUGGAGAAGGAGUUUCACUACAACCGCUACCUGACGCGGCGGCGGCGCAUCGAGAUCGCGCACGCCCUGUGCCUGACCGAGCGCCAGAUCAAGAUCUGGUUCCAGAACCGCCGCAUGAAGUGGAAAAAGGAGAGCAAACUGCUCAGCGCAUCUCAGCUCAGUGCAGAGGAGGAGGAAGAAAAACCAGCGGAGUGAAGGCGCUGGAAAGGGAGGGGGGGACGCGAAGGGAGAGAGGCCCGUGGGGAGCCGAGGGCCUCGAGGAGCUGGGGGAGGCUCUGCGGGCGGGCGGGGGAGCCCGGGGGCCGCUCUUCCGCGCCAGACAGGCGGGGCCCGGCGCUCUCCUGAACGCCCCCAGACGCAGAGCUCUGGAGGGGCGCCGGAAGGCCGCGCUGCCCGAGGCCACCGGCACUCCUCGCGCCCCCUCCGUCCCCGCGGAACCCGCCUCGGCCGGGUCAGGCUCCCCCGCGUGAGAACUAAGGACUGGACUCACUUGAUGUUUCCUGGAAGCAGAGCAAAACACUCUUGUCCGUGUCGCGUCUCAUUUCGUCCAUGUCCCCCGUGCACGGUUCAAUGGUAGCUUCAUAGUCCCCUCAGCGGGGGCCUCAAAGACUCCCUGACCCCAGACCUCUCUCCCACCCCCUCCUGAAAGCCACUGGAAGGAGCACAUACUACCUAGAAGUAAGAAGAGGAGCCUGAGAAGAAAACAAAGUUCUAUUUUAUUAAUUUUCUAUGUGUUGUGUUUGUAGUCUUCUUGUCUUAGCUCUGGACGUGAAAUACUUCGGUAAUAAUAUUAAUAUUAUUAAUGAUGAUGAUGAUGAUGAUAAUAAAGAUGUAAAAACUCGCCGCGCUGUCACCUCUGCUCCUCCCUACCACUCCCCGCCCCCGGCACCACCCCGCGGUCUCUGCGCCGGAAACUCCGCAGCGCAGCCUGCAGCCGGCGGGCCCCAGCCGGCACGACUUGACCUCGGAAGUUACAGGCGAGAUAAAGGCUGGCGCGGUCCCUCCUGGUCUCGAGAGCUGCGCCUC